UAUUGUUUCGUUUUCUUUCAUGCUAUAAAGUGGUUUAGAAAAAAAAAAAUACCAUCGAAAAUGGAAUGGAUAAUGCUACUUUGCUUACUAAAAAUCCAGUGCAUUUUAUUACACUUUUAAAUGCAUCAAACUAAUCUCAAGGAAAUAAUAGACUUUGUAUCAUAUCUUUUCUCUCUAUUUAGACCAAAAUCUCUUAAGUUUCUUAGCGCACCGAUGACUAAGAUCUCUGACACAAGCUAGAUAUUUGGAACAAUGUCAAUUUUUUUUACACUUUAAUUCGCCGUUUACUUGGCAGUAAGUGGAACAAGCGAAACAAAACUGGGGAAGUAUGUCUACAUGUGUCUGAAAUUUGUAAGAUGCUUCCAUUACAGAAGAAAAUAUUUUAUUUUCUUUUAUUCCUAUAUCCAGAUUUUACAACAUUUAUCAAUCUGUUUUUAUUAAAUUUAUAUUAAAAGUAAGCAUAAUGGAAGAAAUUUUGAUACGGGAUGAAAAUUUUGAAAAUAAUCCUCUUCCGUCAGCAAUUUAUAAAAUGUUUUCCAUGAAUUAUCUGUCAGUAUAAAAAAAAAUAACUGUCAGUAAUGUUCAGUACCUGAUCCUAUAAUCUUUAUUGAAACAUAACCCAUAGAAAUGAAUCGUUUAAGGAAAUUGAAAGAGAAUUUCAAGGUGGACGAAACAAUCAUCAAGCCAAAGUUAACUACGUUCAAGCACUACUGCCAUUCAUUUUUUGUGUACUUGUACACCAAUAUUUAUACACGAUCUUGUGGAAUAACACUUGGAUACAUGAUUGUGGGUGCUCUUCUAUUUAAAUCCCUUGAAGCUCCAUACGAGACUUUUCAGAAAUCGUUUGUCCAGAAGUAUAGAGAAGAUUGCCUGAAGGAUUUAUGGGUCAUAACAGAUUCCAUGAAUGUCCUCUAUGAGCAAAACUGGACACAUCUUGUUGACAUGAGACUCAAACAAUUCGAAAAUGAGAUUGCUGAUGCAAUCGAAAGUGGUAUUUACUCAAGAAAUAAAGAUUCCAAUGUUGAACAACGAUGGACUUUUUCUGCUGCUUUACUAUAUUGUCUUUCCAUUAUCACAACAGUAGGUUAUGGAAAUAUAGCGCCGAAGACAGACGUUGGCAAAAUAGUGACUAUAUUUUAUGCUCUCUUGGGUAUUCCAAUGAUGUUGCUGUGCCUCACAAAUAUAGGUGACCUCUUGGCAAGAUCCUUCAAGUUCACUUAUUUUCAUCUCUGUUUCCUGUUUAGAAAACCCAGACGAACUCACGCUUCUUCACAGAAACAAGUUAUAGAACACAUGAAAAGUCCAAUGGGAAAAGCUGUUGAAGUUGCGACCCUUGAACUUUGCAACGGCGACGAGAAACCACCAAUUGGCGAUAAGAAAUUGCCACUUGGCGACGAUUCCUCCACUCUCUCCUCAUCACCUACGAAGUCCAACAAUGCCAGCAUGGUCGUCGUCCCCGAUCCAUCUCCUGUAGUGAUCGAGCGUGUAUACAGGGACUCUUCUGGAUCUCAAGAUCAAAGAGUUCCAAUGUACAUGGUAUUGCUGCUCGUCACCGGUUACAUUUGCGGUGGAGCUGUUCUAUUCUCACUAUGGGAGAAAUGGACAUUCCUCAAUGGAGCCUACUUUUGCUUCAUCACACUCAGUACCAUAGGCUUCGGCGAUCUGGUGCCUGGCUCUGACAUCUUCGACACCCAAAGUGGUCAGGCUAAACUCAUCAUAUGCUGUCUGUAUCUCAUCAUGGGUCUGGCCAUCAUCGCAAUGUCUUUCAAUCUGGUGCAAGAGGAGGUUAUCAUCAAAUGCAAGAAUGUUGCGAGGAACUUAGGGCUGCUGAAAUCAGAAAACGAUGAUGACGAUGAUUGAAUUAAAUAAUAAUUUCUCUUUUUUUUAAUGAAAAUUGUGUCUAAAAAUAACUAAGUUAAUUUAAAAAGAAAAAAGAAAACUUGUAUUAAACAUUUAGAAUGUUCUGCGGUUUGUUGUCAUAAAAUGUAUAUUACAACACAUCGAGAACGAAUGGAGAAAUAUUUAAUAUAAAAACAAGUGCUCUUUGAGAAUGGGACAGGAGUUCCUAUUAUCCAACAAGGCAUGACUGAAAAUCCAAUUCCUCAGUCAAAUAAAAUACAUGAUGGCAAAUACUAUUAUGGAUUGAACUCUCAGACACUUCAACUAUUCUUUUCAGUAAUCAUAGUGAUAGAUUUAGGAAGAAACGAUGAUGGUAGUAACCGAAGAAAUACUUUACUCAAAUGUGUAGCAAAAAAACUGACAUUUUUUUUGUGAUUUCUAGUUAUUUUGGGACACAAGAUCAAACUCGACAUGAAAAUGUUUUGUAUAGUUCCAUUAAAUUACUGAAUUAUGGAUGCCCACAAUCAAAAAUACACUUUACAUAGUUGCAUUCAUCAAAGAUUGGUUAUGAAAAUCUAUAACUGGAACCUUAGGCAUAAGGCAUGGUUAUGCUUGUGGUUAUACUUAAGCAUUGCAUAAAGACCAUUGGAGACUCUUUUGAAAAACAACAUAUUUACAGUUAAUUAUAUAUUUCUUAAUUAUCGCAAUAGAUUUAUUCGAUAAGAAUGCUUGUAUAUGGCGAAUGUGGAACUUUCUGUGUCAAAGCUGGACUAGUUUACAAACGUUGAAAAACAACUUCGAAAUGUCUCGAAGUUUAGAUUAAUACUCUAUAAAUUAAACGCAAUUUAGGUAGAACAGAAAAGAAAGCAAUUCAUGAGUGAUUCAACUGGUUAUUAAUCCAUUUUUGGAAUAAAUGUAUAGUUUGCUUCAGCUUAUUAACAAUUUCGGGCUAUUUUGAAUUCAAUGUUCUAAUAGUGAGGGAAAUCGAGAUUGCCUGUGCCUUCACAAAUGAAAGCUAAUAUUUAGCUCUUUUUCAAUUUAUACGAAAGAAAGCACCAAAGAAGUUAAAAACUAAUUUUUUUAUGUUAUUAAUAAUAAUAAUUUCUUGCAAUGCGUAUCCUUAAGAAGUAAGAUUCUAAUAAAGAAUAUUUUCGAAAUAAUUGUAUCCGAAAGCUGACUAUAACAUAUUAAACAUUUUUAGCUAAAUUUAAAUUAAAGCUUGAAAGAAUAAUACAUACAAUCAGCGAAAGUUUAUGAUUUAGUGAUUAAUGUCCAAAUUUAAAUAUGAAGAAGUGCAUAUUAAUUAUCUUGAAAAUAUCAAGCAGGAAAGUGUCCCGGCGAUAUUCAAUUUCUUUAUCAUUGUAGCCUCUGUUCUAAAGCAACUUCAUAGAAGUUUAAAAAAAUGUUUUCUUUAAAAAAAGGAUCUUAUUUUGAAAGUUUACGUUUUUAAUUCUUUUAUCUUUUUAAAGGCAUAUUUUAUUAAUUUUAAAGUUAUACUUUGUGAACAAAGAAGCUAUCUUUUUUUCUAUUAUCAUUAUAAUUAAUCCGUUUUCAUACCUCUUACUUAGAGACAUUAAUAAUUUCUUACAAAAAAAUGCAUUAAUUUGAUAUCUUAGUUACAUUUCUCAAAUGUGAUUUCUUAAAUUAUUAUUUAUUGUUAACCUAGUUGACAAAAAUGUUCGUAAAUUCUUACUAUGGAGCUUAUUUUGUUAAUAAAUUAGGUACUUAAUUGAUGUUUUUCCGUAUUAUUUUAAAUA